CCGAGCUAAUGUCGAGGAGAGGUUUCUGUAUGUUUUCUUUAACAAUGACAGCGUUAGUUUGAUAAGAAAAAUGUGUUGUGAUCUAUCGUAAUCACGAUUUUGAUUAACUGUGAUUUUGUGACAGUGCGCAAUGGAUACAUGGCUAUCGCUAUGUGGAUGUUGUUUUAGAUAAUUAUUCGUAUUCCGCAAGCUCAGAUUUAUUUCGCAUAUCGUUCGCCGUCGCAUCGCAUCGCGCGUCCGCCACUCACCGCCAUGACCGAAGCUCACUAGGAGUCGUGAUCCUCACCUUCUUCCUCCGUAUCGAAAAGAGAAACAUUUUUUUUAGUGUCGCGUGUGUGUUAGUGAUAAUUAACUAGUAACCCAUGAUUAUGGAGAUGAUGAACGAGUCUGUCGGGCGUUGGUAUGAGAAUCCUAGGACUGGUACUUCGGCAAGCCCCGCACAGGGUGGUAUCGAUAGUGGUAAUGCGGGGGCAUCCUCUGACAUUAAUUCGAGCAGUGUUGCCGAGCACAUGGGUGCUUUUUUUCUCGAUCCGUCGGGUAGUCAACGGCAUAGGUAUUAUCACCAGAGUAUGCACGCUCCAUAUGGCAGCGUCGCUAGUCAUGCGUCUAGGAUGUCAUCGAGCCAAGUCUGCAGGCCGCAUUUCCAUCCACCCUUGCACCCAUGGUUAUCGGACGCAAGCACGAAGCCCCUCGGCCAUUCUGGUCACUGGGUACCUUUCGGGGGAGCCGGGGAUCCCGACAAAUCCCAAUCUCCCAAUACAGCACCCGCUCAACCUCACAAUAUUUUUUCCUUUCCACCGACACCCCCCAAAGACUCGACGCCGGACUCGGUGGUGCCUUCGGCGGGUGCGGAAUACCAAAGCGCCGUGGCCGCAGCGAUGGGGGCUUUCAUUCACGAGAAUCCCCAAAGCUGCGCCCUUGACGUGAAACCGGUCGGUGGUUCGAAUAGCGGAGCGGGUAACAACAAACAACGCGAAGGUAGUGAAUAUGAUGGAGCCCCAUCGGGCAUGUUUAAUGGUAACUUUGAAAGCUCGUACGGGGCUGCGUAUGGCCACGGUAUUCACGCAGGGGCGUAUUCCCCCGAGAAUAAGCAACAUUUAGGAAUUGGUGGACAGGGGGCGCAGUCACCCAAUAAGCCCCGAAACAAGUCUAGAACGAGUGCCGAGGGGAGGGAGUGUGUCAACUGUGGCGCGACGAGCACGCCCCUUUGGCGACGGGAUGGCACUGGACAUUACCUGUGCAACGCUUGUGGACUGUACUAUAAAAUGAACGGACAAAAUAGGCCUCUAAUUAAACCAAAAAGAAGACUGAGUUUGCAGAGUGCGGCGAGAAGGGCUGGUACUAGUUGCGCAAAUUGCAAAACGACCACGACGACAUUGUGGCGACGCAACCAAAACGGAGAACCGGUGUGCAAUGCCUGUGGGUUGUAUUACAAAUUACAUAAUGUCAAUAGGCCGCUCACUAUGAAAAAAGAAGGGAUCCAAACCAGAAAUCGGAAACUGUCGUCAAAGAGCAAAAAGAAGAAGAGCGGCGGAGCUUGCCUAUCGUUAGGCGGAAUGAUGGGCGACAUGAUGAAGCCCUUGGACAGUAAAGGUGGUUUUGGUGGCGGUUUCGGAGGUGGUAUGGGCGGCGGACAUCCUCAUCUGAACGCUGCACUCCAUCCGCACCAUGCCAUGAGUCACUGGUACCAAAAUAGCACGCAUCCUCACGGAUUCGUUUCAGGUCCACCUCCUCCAGCACCUCCACCCGCAGCAUCGUAUCACCAUCACAUGAGUUCACUCAGCGCAGCAGGAUUAGGAUUAACGUCAAAUGGAAUGGCCGGUUGGAGGUCAGAAUACACGUGAUAAGGGCAUUGCCAAUAAGGAAUUAAUUUAUAUAAUGUCAAACAAAGUCCUGUAGAUAUUGUGUUAAAAGUGAUCAUAAAAAAUCUGGUCAUAGUUUCCUGUAUAUUUGUAUUUAAACUAAAUGUGUACAUUGUGUAAAGAAAAAUACGUUUGUUCAGUGACUUCGUGACCAGGUUCUUUUGUAAUUAAGUACAAAAUACGUUUGUAAUGUAUUGUAAAUAGAUGUUAGGUCAUUUUAAGAUAAUUUUUAAUACAGAUGAGAUAGUGUAAAUAGGAGAUUAUAAAAACACUGUGCAAUCCUUCACAUCUAAAUUAAAUUUAUAUUAAGCAAACUGUAAUGUUAUGUACAGGGUGCCACAUUUUUUUACUAGAUGCGGUAAAAUGUUCAAAUUAAAAGAUAUCACAGCCAAACAACGUAGUGACAAUUUUCGGUUUCUUUUUACCCUAUUUUUUUCAAAAAUCCGCCCUGUACAUCAAAAAGGAAGAAGCGAAGAAGUACCUCUGCUAUUGAAUGACUUUCUUAGAAUGUUAUCUUGCAAUAACAUUAAAAAUGUUAGUGAGACAUUUUUUUAUAAACUCAUUCAACAAUUGAGAGACGUGCUAUAGACUGCAAUUUACUGUAAAUAUUUUACUAAUGAUAUUAAAUUAUGAAAACCGACGUAAAUAAUUAUUUUUGUUGUUGAACAGUUUGAAAAGUUGUUUUUUCAAAAUUGAUUUCAAGCCUAAGAAUAUCGUUGGAAGAAGGAAGCUGUCAUAAGUAUUUUAUUCAUGCAACAGCCUUUGGGUCUACGUUUUUUUCAUUACUACAUAUAAUUUUAUCACAUAAUUUACCCGUUGCAUCGGUUUUUAAAUUUCAAAAUUUGUUGGACCGCCCCAUUUAUUAUACGUACUUUUUUAUUUAAAUUUGAUUACGAAACAUUGAAAUGUAAUUGGGAAUUUAGCAAAUAAUUUAAAGAAUCAACUGUGUAUAUAAAAAAUUGAUGUAUGUAUAUGAUCUUUGUGUGAUAUAUAAUAAA